AUGACUUCUUUGGUCAUCAUGCAAGCUGCUAGUGCGAUGAUGCAGAUCUCGUUCUUCAUCGUCGUGUCGUCGUCGAACGCCUACGCGCAGCACCUCGGGGGGACGUCUACGUUCUCCGGUUUGGUCAUCGGUAUCCCGACCGCAUUCUCCGGCAUGGCACUGCUUCCCCUUAUGAAGUACGACCAAGGUGGAUAUCGACGCCCUCUGCAUUUCGCGUGUGCCACGGCCAUCUUGGGAAACGUACUAUAUAGUCUCGCGUACCACGCAAACUACCUAUACCUCAUCCUCCUCGGGCGUAUCAUCUCCGGCUUCUCCUUCACGUUCUUCAUGUAUUCCAAGCGGUACUGCUCCGACCCGCGUAUUGUCGGUAUCCGGCGGCGCACGACGCUUGCAGGCUGGCUCGUCCUUGGCCAAGGCGUGGGGUUCAGCAUCGGGCCUCUUAUAGGUGGUCUUCUGUACAAGAUCGGAUUUUCUAACUCGGUGUUCAAUGGGUACACCGCGCCGACGUGGAUACUGGCAGGCGUCUGGGCCGUCUUCUGGGCCGUAGCCGCGCGGCUCUUCGAGGACGUACCGCGUACCCCGCCGAGCGAACCCACCUCUGAGGGCGUCGAGCUUCAGCACAUUCCGAGUCGGAACGAUGCCCACAGCCUUCAGGGAGUAGAGAAACCCGAAAAUCCCAAACACGAUGAGGAGGCCGCGGAAGUCGCCGUCCCUGCAGGCAGCACGUCCGUCGAGAACCUAUCGUCCCCACCAGGACCCCCCUCCCUCCGCCGGAUGAGCGCUGCGCAGAUCGGCGUGACGGCGACGAUGGGCUGGUUUGCGAUGACCUGCUUCUUCAUCCUCGGCGGCUGGGAGGCGAACCUCCCCGUCUUCACCGGCUCCGCGUCCCCGCUCAACCCGUUCCACUACUCCCCGUUCGCCGCGGGCAACUUCAUCGCCGCGGGCGGCGCCGCGACGAUCCCCUUCCUCCUCGCGAACCUCUUCGCCGCGCGGCGCGUGCAGGACCGGCACACGCUCGCGGUGGGCACGACGCUCGGCUUGGCGGGCCUGCUGGCGGCGCUCGCGAUCCUCGCGGCGGACAAGGUGUCGUUCGGGGCGCUCUUCGUGUGCUGGUUCCUCGUCGCGCUCGGGUUCAACCUGUCGAGCACGGUCACGCUCAGUCUGCUGUCGAAGCAGAUACCCGGGGAGUGGAACACGAAGAUGAGCCUCGUGAUCCAGUACAGCAACUACACGGGGCGCGUGUCUGGGGCGGUGUGGGGUGGGGCGGGCGUGCAGGUGGGCAUGCUGAACUACGUAGGGCUGCAGAUUGCGAUCGUGGGCGUCGGCAUGUUGAUGUUCUCGACGCUCUGGAAGCAGCUGAAGGCGAAGACGGGCUAG